AUGACAACCACCGUUGGAAGAUUGCAGUCGCGGCAACUGCUACUUGCUGUGGCAACAGCAACAUUACUGUCAAUUGUCUGCAACGCUACAGCCACACCGACUGCGUCGAAGGCCGCAGGCCACGGGCGUACACCGGAAAUGCACACUGGCCAUGCCCACAAAAACAUGGCCCAUGUCUAUGCAAAUCAUGUGGGACAUCAGCAGCAGCAACAACAAAAGCAAGCCACACAGCAGCAAUAUUACGACAUUCAUUACGGACGAAAUAGCAGCAGCGACAGCAAUCAUAACGGCAUUGCUGCGCACACAGGCGCCGAGACGGCAGCGCUAGAUGGAGAUAGAAAAACACAGCGACGCAGUUACAAUGGAUUUAGCGUCAGCGGUGGUGGCAGCGGUGCGGGCGGUGCGGGCGGUGACGGUGCACAUAAUGUCGGUGGCAGCAGUAGUUACAACUUUGGGGCAGCAAAGCUUAAUGGUCUCACAAAUCUCUCGGGUUUGCGGCACAUUAGUAGCGGUUUUGGCGGUGCAUGGAGCACAUCGGGACACGGCGGGGCUGGCGCGACUGGUGGUGCAACUACAAUCACCGUUGCGGCAAAGCAACACAUACCAAUUUAUGAAGAACAGCAAGAAAAUGAUUAUGGCGCCGCCACAUUGGGUGCAUCCGGCGCAGCAGGACACGCUGCUCAGGAAAACAAUCAACACGGCGGCAGCAACGGUUGGAGUAGUGGCGGCAGCAGCAGUUAUAAUUCGGGCCGUUCUAGUGGCAAAGAUGCGCUUAGCACCGCGCUUUACAAUUUACACUCAGCUGGUACGCACAAUGGCUUCCUGCCUUCGGCCUUCGCUGGCAAAUACUCAUCAUCGGCAGCAGGCACCACAGCGUACGCGAGCACACCUACAUACCAACAAAGUCAACAGUUGCAACAGCCAAACGAUAAAAUCUCCGAUGGCAAUUUUCUACAUCGUUACGGGCAUAAUUCCGGCGGUUACGACGAACUUUCAACCUCUGCCUCAUACGCACAUGAGCAGCAACAAGCGCCCAUGCCAUCGGCCAUGCAGUACUUCAUGCCACAAGACAGUUACGCCUCUAUGCACGCGGGCGGCGCGGACUCGGCAACUUCAUCUGCAAGUGCCGACGCGGAUAUCUCAUUUGGACACCAUCAUAGCGGCGUCAGUGGUAGCGGCGGUGACGCGGAGGUAGAGGAUGAUGAGUCAGGCGGCAAGGGCUCCUCCUAUGAUGACUCCACUAAUUAUCUAUCCGAACAACAUGAUGAUGCUGGAUCGCAUGUCAUCAACUACAUUCCGUAUAAGGUGGUGAAAAAAGUGCACAUCCCCGUGCGUGAACCCGUGCAAAUACCAAUCUCGCAUGCGAUUGUCGUGCCCGUCAAUAAGCCAGUACCCAUUCACAUACCCGUCACUAAGCAUGUACCGGUGCCCGUUGAGAAGGAGUUGAGAGUCCCUGUGGAGCGCGUGGUUCCAUAUCCGGUCGAAAAGCCUGUGCCAGUGCCCGUGGAGAAGCGUGUACCAUUUAAGGUAGUUAAAUACGUACCGGUGCAUGUACCUCAUCCAUUCCCUGUCAAGGUGCCCGUUUUCAAAACCAUCCUGCACAAGGUAAAGGGUGGCAUGUGGUGAGCACACCGUCGUUCGGUUUCGUUCGUUUAGUACUCGUACUUAUUUGUGACUAAGCACAAUUACCGUUAUACAUUCUUUAAUAGUAUGUAUAUUAAUUAAAUAUUAUGCAUUAAUCGACAAGACUGUUAUUCCACAUGUUUAAGCAUACAUACAUACAUACAUGGCUAUUUGUUAUAAGUAUUUAACAGUUUUCGAACGAAAAGAAUUAUAUUUAUUAAACGAGCAUUACUCCCGAUAAUUAUUUACAUAUUUAUAUUUCACAUU